AUGCUCACCACUUGCUUCAAUGUUGUGGGGUUCAACUGGAUGGCAUCCCCAGCUGCAACUGAACUCGAAACCAUUGUCAUGGAUUGGCUUGGAGAUAUGCUCAAACUUCCCAACUCUUUCCUCUUCUCCGGCACCGACGGCGGUGUGUUGCAUGGAAGUACUCAUGAGUCUGUCGUUUGCACCAUGGCAUCUGCCAGGGACCAAAUCCUGAGCCGAAUUGGUGAAGAGAAUAUAGGGAAACUUGUGGCGUACGGCUCUGAUCAAACACAUAGCGUGAUUCAGAAAGUGUCCCAAAUUGUUGGGAUCCCAUCAAAGAACUUCCGGGCCAUCGAGACCACAAUAUCAUCAUCCUUUACACUGUCCCCUGAAACCCUACGGUUGACUGUUUGUUCAGACAUGGAAGCUGGGUUGGUUCCAUUCUAUCUAUGGGCCACCGUGGGAACAACCGCAACCACAGCCGCCGAUCCGCUGGGGCCACUCUGCAACGUGGCAAAAGAUUACGGCAUGUGGGUUCAUGUGGACGCUGCAUAUGCCGGAAGUGCUUGCAUUUGCCCUGAGUUUCGGCAGUAUAUCGAUGGCAUUGAGGGUGCAAAUUCGUUCACCCUCAAUGCGCAGAAAUGGUUCUUUACAGCUCUCGACUGUUGUCGCCUUUGGGUUAAGAAUCCGAGUGCGUUGACAAAAUCAAUGUCAACGGAUCUUGAGGUGUUGAGGAACAAGGCCAGCGAGUGGUGGACUUCAAAGAUUGGCAAAUAG